AUGAUCAAAGCAUGCCAGGAGCAGUGGCGGCGUCGCCGUCGCCGCCAGCAGCCCUCGCCAGCCUCUGCGCUGCUCUCGACACGGCCGGCCGCUGCGCUGCAGGUGCCGCCGUUGCUGCCACUGCUACUGCUGCUGCUCGCCCCCUGUCAGCGUGCGCUGGCACAGGAAGCCCUGUGCCAGCCCGGCCUGAUCAAGCUGGAGGAGCCAAGGGGGCCGCCUGCGCGGGUGCAGCUGCCCUUCUGCAAGGAGUUUGGCUGCAGCUGCUGCGCCUCGCGGCACGCCCUGUCUAUCGCGCGCGCCUUCUCGCGCACCACCGACGGCGGCGACACUAGCGACGCGUGCGUUGCGGCGCUGCGGCUGCUGGCGUGCCGGCCCUGCGACCCGGAGGUCGGCGUCGGCUCAAAACCAGCAGUUUGUCUGCAAACCUGCGACGCCACGUUUGACGCCUGCAGAGAGGAUUUCUUCACUUUCUCGGAGUCCUCGGGCUCCCUGGCGCCCUGCGGCUCGGAGACCGCCGGCGCGCUGGUCUGCAGCACGCUGAGUCAGCACGUCUCCGGCGGCCGGGGCUACUGCGAGGCCAUGGGGUGGGCGGUCGCGGAGGAGCAGCCCUGUUACAAUGGCAGCGUCAGCAGCGAGGCCGCUGACCAACUGUGCGCGGCCAGCGACGCGGCGGCAGAGGGGCGCAAGCAGCGGCAGCAGCAGCGCCGGCAGCGCGGGCGGCGGCGCGGCGGCGGCGGCAGCGGUGGCGCCUGGGCCGGCAGCGCGCUGGCGUGGCUGGCGUCGUCACCGGCGGAAGUGCAGAGGGCGGCGGCGGGCGGCGCGAUGCUGCUGGCGGCGGGCGCGCUGCUGCUUGCGACCGCGCUGGCGGGGCGGCUGGCUGCGCAGCAGCGGCGGCGGGCUGUCUUCAGGCGUCUCCGACUCGGCGGCGGCGACACGGGCGGCGGCGGCGGCGGCGGCGGCAGCGGCGUGGUAUCAGCGGAAGACCAGCGGCAGGCUCAGCUGCAGGCGGCGCGCAUGCGCGAGGCCACGGCGCGAGCGGCAGUAGUGCGAGCGGCGAAAGCAAAGGCGGGCAAGAGCUAG